UAACGGACCGUAUCGUUUCGAGAACUAUUCAGAUUUUCGGUUCAUUUCUGACGUGGUGUGACCUCAAAAUACUCGCCUCAAGCUCUAUCCUGGGUGCUUUGAACAGUCUAGUCCUGGCGAAGAUUUUGGCCGAUGAAGAAUAUUCAUCUAUUUUUGAAUACAACAAUUUCCCAUCGAUUAAUCCGCGACUGCAUAUACUCACGUAUUGUGGAGCGUUUAUGGGUCUAGUGUUUUGUUUUACCGUUUUGAUUCUCAAUAAACUCACACUAAACUACUGUCAUCCAGCAGAGAGCGUAUUCUCCAUUGCGAAAGAUCAUGUGAUGACACGUGUCUUCACAACUGUCGGUAGGAUGCUGUACUUCAUACUAUUGUGUGCAAUGUGCCCUAACCAUAUUCUUGGCUCUUCACAGAAUGUGUCCUUCUUUUGGAUAGUUGUAGACAAACAACUACUCCUGUUAAUGUUUUUGACUACCUUCCACCUGCAUUUCUGUUGGAGUUGUGCGAUUGACAUCUUGAAAUCACAGUUUUUGAAGCCUGUUGACAUCCCUUUGUUAUCUGUUAUCCGACCUUCUCGUUCUGUUCAGGGGAUCCUAAGUAACUCCAGUGAUACAAUAGAACAACACUUGGUUUUUGAAAGAUUGGCCGACCUGGUGGCUACCAGUCAAUCCGUCAGAUCAUCCAUAUUUUCCCUCAGUCAUAUAGGUGGUCGGCCUGUAGUAUGGAAACAAAUAAGCAACUUAUGUAUCCACUUAAUUGAUCAGUUUGUGACGAACGUUCAAAUGGCAAAUAAUUGUGGGAUUAACAACUUGGGUACACCUCUCUGGCCCAAAAGUGUAGAUAUUAAAUACAAACAACACCUGCCAUCAUCAUUCAAGGCACAAAUACGUCAACGCGACAUAACUACAACGAAAGCCUCCGUGACUACUGGUAAAUCAUGGCCUAAUCCCCAACCAAAUGGCUCUAUAAUCCUUCAAAACUUCAUAAAUGCUGGACGCACACUGUUUUCAAAAGUGUGUCCAUGGAUUCCUCAAACACCAGUUGUCAGUGUAUUUUCAUCAAAAAUUGCUUAUGCAUCGACAGCUCAUCUCUUUGCGACUGCAACAGAUAUCGAUUAUGCAAAUAGCGCAAAUCCCAGUCAACUAACAGUACAAACAAGUGGUCAAAUUAUUAUAUGGGCAACAGAAGUUUUAGCCUGUUUAACAUUAUCUGCAUAUACUGAGGAUCCAUUUGGUACAGUUCAGCAGUCUUUGGGACAGAUUCUGUUACUAUUCGCUGAUGCAUUAGAGGCUGUUGAAAAGCACUUAAAGUUGGUCGGUUUAAUAACCAAUCAGUAUAAACAAAUGAUGAAUGGUUCAGUUACUGAUAACCACCAGACGACAAGCAGCAUAUCAUCAACAGAUAACAUACAAACUCCUUUAAGAAAUAGAAAACAAGUUUUAAACAAUGCAUUGCUUACAAAUGAUCAAUGCAAAUUCGCGUAUUAUCGUUUCGCCUCUGAUCCUAGCCUACCUUGGCGUGUAUAUGCAACAUUUUGUUGGGCUUUAACAAACUGUCUAAAUCAGUAUGGCGAUUAUCUAGAGACGAUAUCACUCAGUAAUAAAUCAAAAGAAAGACUCCAGAUGUUGAAAAUGACGCGGUGCUAUACAGCUUAAGAAAAGUGUUUAGAUAACAAACAGAGUUCUAUUUUUGUUCUAGAGAAUUUCAUGCAUUUAUGAUCUAUUUAUUUAUUGUAAGAAUCGUUACCAUGUGUGUGAAAUAAAUACAUAAAAGACAUUUUCUGCCUUUGCAAAUUUCAAAAAGACCAAGUAGUAGUCGUAGUAGUGGUUGUUUACGCACAGGAGAAUUGAAACAUCAUGCCAUCUUCAGUUGUUCCCUACUGGUAGCUGCUACCUUGACGUGGUGGUUGGGCUUGCAUUUCACAAUGACCCAACAAGCUACACAUGCUGGAGCUUUUGUUCCUGCAGGUCCUACCAUGCC